UAAUAUUAUUAAAUAUACACUAAUAACAUGGUGUUAAUUGGACAGGACAUGUUCAUAGCCGGCACAAACGGCCCCGCAAGCGUUCUGGAGUGGUCACUAGCGGAGCUGGUGAGGAACCCACACGUAUUCAAGAAAGCAAGAGAAGAGAUCGACGCAGUUGUGGGCAACACAAGGCUGGUGAAAGAAUCAGACAUUCCGAAGCUACCGUACCUGCAAGCAGUGGUGAAGGAAACCCUAAGGCUGCACCCACCCACCCCAAUCUUCGCGAGGGAAGCCAUGCGAGCGUGCCAAGUGGACGGCUACGACAUUCCCGCCAACUCCACCAUCAUGAUCAGCACGUGGGCCAUAGGGAGAGACAAAAGCUACUGGGACAAGCCUCUCGAGUACAACCCCGAGAGGUUCUUGCUUGCUGACGACCCUGGCAAGGCCAGAAUCGACGUCCGGGGACAGUACUACCAGCUGCUGCCCUUCGGCAGCGGCCGGAGAAGCUGCCCCGGCGCCUCGCUGGCCUUGCUCGUCAUGCAGGCCACGCUCGCCAGCUUGGUCCAGUGCUUCGACUGGGUCGUCAACGACGGCAAGAGCCACGAGGUUGACAUGACGGAGGAAGGGAGGGUCACUGUGUUCUUGGCCAACCCUCUCAAGUGCAGGCCUGUUCCACGUUUUACUCCCUUCGCUGCUGCUGCUGCUGCUUCAACAUGAAUGUCUUGUAGUGAUUCAUUGGUAUCAUAGACAUUUACUUAAUAAUUUCUCGUGAGAUAUGUGGUUUCAUGAGUUAUGUUUUUUUCUGCGUUUUUUUUUAAUUAAAAAAUAUAUAUAUUUACUGUGUUUUUUUUAGUGCUUUGUGUAAACUUGGUGACAGGGCUGUUUAAUUAAUUACGAAAACAAGUGUUUACUUAUUUCCUGUCCGUUUCUCCUAGGGAGCAUAUUUUGGGUGAAGACAUUCUCCUCGAGGUCGAAAGAAAAUAGCAUUCUAAUGUACGAAAAAUUAGAAAGAAAUGAGAAUUAUGUAGCUUGUCGGGGAUA